AUGUAAUGUUACGUGUCCAUUUGAGAACUUUUUUCGAUAGAUUCGACAAUUGCUUUCGGCAGUACUCUCACAUUACGUAUCCACCUACGAGCAACUUUAACAGUUUCGACUUUCUGACAACUUACUACAGUAAUGAGUUUCUACUCUUGAACAUCACUAGGCCGCAGCUUGAUUCGUUAGCAGGGAUCCAUAUUGAAAUUUUCUUUGCUCUAAUUGAUUGACGAUUCACUGCUGAGACAGAAUCCACUGCGGAUUGGAUGCGCAUUAAAAUAGUGGGGAUGUGCGCGCCCGCUUAGGAAGUAAAAGAAACGUGCAGAAAUAGGUCCCAUUAUUGUACAUAUUCCGCACUCGGUGAUAAAAGACGAUCAUUAUAUGCGCAAUAUUCCGCUUACGGAUGCAAAUGAGUUAAAAAGUACGUACUAAAAAAACAAGAAAGGAGACAAACAUCAGCCAAUCCGCAUCCAGUAAAAAGAGACAGGAAUAUAACAAUUUUGAACCACGUCUGGUUGCAGUGAGUAAAUUACAGUCUCAUAAUUUGAUUCUAGCUGCAUAUGAAGCUGGUCAAAAACAUUUUGGUGAAAAUUAUGUAAAUGAGCUAGUAGAAAAAGGACAUCACCCAGAUAUUUUAGCAAAAUGUAGUGAUAUACAUUGGCACUUUAUUGGUCAUUUACAACGAAAUAAAGUAAAUAAAUUAUUAAGCGUACCAAAUUUAUAUGUGAUUGAAACAGUAGAUAAUGAAAAACUUUCAUCAGCGUUGGAUGCUUCAUGGCCCAAGUUUAGAAAACAGGAUGAAUUAAAAUUAAAAGUGAUGGUACAAGUUAAUACAAGUAAAGAAGAAGGAAAAAGUGGUUGUCAAAUUUCGGAAGUUUGUUCUCUUGUGAAAUAUAUUAGAGUUAAUUGCAAAAAUUUAGAAUUUAUGGGACUUAUGACAAUAGGAAUGUUUGGAUAUGAUACAGCUGAAGGACCAAAUCCUGAUUUUCUGCAGUUGAAAGAAUGUAGAUAUAAUCUUUCCAAAGAACUAGGAAUUAAUCUAACAAAAAUUGAGUUAUCUAUGGGAAUGUCAAAUGAUUAUGAGCAAGCGGUGGAGUUGGGCAGUACAAAUGUCAGAGUGGGUAGUGCAAUUUUUGGAGAACGACCAAAAAAGAGUGUUCAAAUGAGUUGAACAUUAUGUGUUCUACAUUUUUUUUUGCGAGAGCAGAAUAUAUCUACAUAAUUUUGGUGGAUAU